UCUCCGGUGCCUUCGAAUCUCCUCUUCCGUUCUCCUCUCUCUUCACCAAAGCAAUGAAGGGAGAGAUUUCUUUCAAGCUGGUCUCUUUCCCUCUGCUCUUCCUUCUCCUAAUCGCCUCCGCAUCUGUUCUUCGAAAGUGGGGCAAUGAGCCCUCUUGAAAGGCCCCCUUCCGCCCGAUAGACUUGCUUCCCCUCCUCCCGCGGAGAGCAGCAUGGCCCCUUUUACGAUCGCUCCGCAGUGCUGAAGACCUCCUCCCCACCUUCGUUGGCCCAGCCUCAUCCCCCGUGAGCGAUCUCAACUGGAAAGGCGCAUGCUUUUACAAGAACACCGCAUGGAUGGAGUUUCACAACAAGAGCCAGUCCCGAUUCGGCGGCGGCAUCCUCCAUAUCAAGAGCAACAUAGCUGGAUGUUUAUCAUUGGUCGAUUGGGAUAAAAAUGAGAUCAUGGCUGAGAGAGGAAAUUAUAGUAGCACCGACAGUUGAAAUGCUUUGGAAAACUAAAUCUACAGAUUUAAUCAUGGUCGGCCUCAUCAGUCAUGGGCAAGUAGCUGCAAUGUUUGUCAUCGCAGGAUUUCUCAAACUGAAGAAGAGCAAGAGUUGGUAUCUGGGCAUACGGAAUGGUGCACCAUUUUAAAAUCAGACUUCUCCUCCAGUAACAUAGGCCACCAGCACAAUCAUUGACAUGGACAUAUGUUGUAUAUCAAAGGAAUCCUCUACCCUGUCCACUGAUCCUCCUCUUGGAUAUCCUAAAAGGAAUUUUUUGAGGAAGGAUCUAGGUGUCAUUGCUUUUUUAUCUGGGAGUAUUUUACUCAGUUCUCUUUUCUUUUUUAUCCAGGCCAGCAAUGCCCAUAGGUAGACAUGCAUGGAUCUUUACAUCUUUGUAACUCCAUAUCGUGUGACUUGGGAUUACUACUUUUUGUCUAGUGAACAUACCCUUGAUUUUCCUCAGUGGGAGAGAGAAGAUGAAUAUGAAUAUGUGAAACAUAAUGGAAUGUCAAUUUUCCUUUUGGAAUCCGGGAUGAUUGGAACUCUUCAGGCUCUAUGGGAUGUUUUUCCCUUGUUUACAAAUGAUGGAUGGGUUGAAAGUUCAAAUCUUGCUUUCCUCAAAAAGCACAUGGGGGCUACAUUUGAGGGGCGUCCGCAACCAUGGAUUUCAAGUAUCAAUGUUAAUGAUAUUCACUCAGGAGACUUCCUGGUUAUAUCAAAAAUUCGUGGGCGUUGGGGUGGCUUUGGAACUUUAGAAAAGUUGGUCACUGGUACUUAUGCUGAUCAUUCUGUAGUUUGCCUUAAAGAUUCAGAAGGCAAACUUUAUAUUGGAGAAUCAGGUCCUGGAAAUGGGAAGGGAAAUGACAUAAUAGUUAUUCCACCAUGGGAUGAAUGGUGGGAAUCUGAACUCAAGAAAGAUGAAUCAAAUCCUCAUAUUGCAUUGCUUCCUCUCCAUCCAGAUAUGCGAGCUAAAUUCAAUAAUACUGCAGCAUGGGAGUAUGCAAAAUGCAUGUUGCAUAAGCCUUAUGUUUAUCAUAAAAUGAUCUUCAGUUGGAUAGAUAUUGUAAGUGGGAAUUAUCUGCCACCACUGGAUGCACAUGUGGGUCUUGAGCUGCCUGACAUUAUUGUUGAAGCAGAAAAGAGAGGAACAUCUUUUGACAAGUUGUUGACAAUUCCUGAUCUAGAUGAUUGGGUCUACACUGAUGGAAAAUCAACCUCGUGUUGCCUUCAUUCUUGAAAUAUAUAAGGCGGCAGAGCUGUUCCAUCCAAUUGCCAGCUCCAUACAAGUCACCAGUUUACCGUAAGUCUUUUGACUCAAAAUUUUAAAGCAACAGUUUGUUGUGUAUUUGUCAUCAUCAAGACUUCCUCCAUCGAUCGGCACAACAUUUUUGUCUUUUCUUGUUGUGUUAACAAACUGCACCUAAUUUAUGCUUCUAAGACUUAGAUAACUGUUAGUGAUACAUCUGAAUUGUCAUUCUGUGCAUUCGAGUUGGAUGUAAUUCUUGAUGCUAAGGAGAUGAAAGAUGCAUACACCCUCAACUUCUUCGAGAGCAACAUAAGCCGCCUGCCGGAAUGGUGCAACAAAGAUGAUGUUUGUGAAACUCCCUUUCUGUCAAAUUAAGGGCAGGUACCGCAUGGAAUUACCAGGUUACAACUCCAUGCAGCCAUUCCCACACAUCAUGAAUGAGAAAUGCCCAACCCUUCCACCAAACUAUGUCAGGACCAAGUAUUGCUGAAUUGUGAUGCUUAUCCCUUUUUUCCCAUUCUUUCUUCAUAAUGUAUAGUGUGUGCGUGUGUGUGUGGGAUUAGAUAGCAGAUUAAUUAGGUUAGAUAAAGGCUCCUCUUGAUGGGAACUGCUGUUUAGGGUUUAGAUAAGAGGAAGCCAUAACCAAUAUGAAUGUGCUGGUAAAAUUUAUGAUGCUCGACUGAGGACUUGGACUAAGAUCAUGUAGCUGUGUUUUGGCAGAAGCUACUUAUUCCGUCUUGGCCGUUGUUUUAGAUCUGCUAGUUAAUA